AUUUCUCAAUCCAUUUACAUUGGCAUCGAUCCACCAACGGUGGCAUGUGUGUACGUGCUGUUGAUGGAAUGUCGUGGUGGUAGUUUAGUUGUUACAUCAGUGACAUAGGUUGAAACUCUGGGCGUGGUUGGUUGUGUCGUUACAUAAAAUACAGAAUCAGCUCACUACCAAGUAAAGUAUAAACAAGUCAUCUUUUUGGAUGAAGUGGUGAGAACAUGGGCCGUAUAAGUAAAAAAGAGCUUGAUACAUGGAAAGCUGCAGGGCGUCUGUGCUUUGUGAGAGAAAACAGAGUGUACGAUGUCAGUGAAUUUGCAAGUCGACAUCCUGGUGGCGAGAAACCAUUGAAGAACAAUGCAGGUCGUGAUGUAACCACCCUGAUGGACAGAGAAAAUCCACAUAAACACAGCAGUAAUGCCUACAAACUCAUGGAACAGUAUUACAUUGGAGAGUUCGAGAGUGAAACCGAAUCCAAUGGGAAGCAUCAUGUCAAUGGCCAAAAUGGUCAUUUAAAUGGAGGAACGACACACAAGACCAAUGGUGUAGGAAAGUCAGUCGAGGACAUGGUAGAUUAUGACAAGCCAGUUUUAUGGCAAGUAAUAAACCUUGGAGAGAAGUAUUAUGAGUGGACCCACAUACCCGUAAGCCGUGACACCAUGCGUCUUUUUCGUUAUGACUUCAUUGAGUACUUUUCAACAUCAAACUGGUACGCAGUGCCACUCACGUGGAUCCCGUUCAUUAUGAUGAUAUGCUGGCUGGCAAUUCAACAAUGGCAGGAUGUCUGGAUGUUUGAUAGUGUCUUUGGUGGAGCCCUGAAGAUUUCGGUCUCUUAUGAGGCAUUCCCUCUGGUGUUCUUAGCUGGUAUCCUGCUUUGGACAUUUCUGGAGUACACCCUACAUCGUUUCCUGUUCCACAUGGAACCACCUAAAGAUUCCAAGAUCCUCAUUGGUCUUCAUUUUGUCCUUCAUGGGCAACAUCACAAGGUGCCUUUUGAUCCAGGUCGUCUUGUAUUUCCUCCAAUAGCAUCAGCAGUCUUUGUGAUCAUGUACUACUUUGUCCUGACUGCUAUCUUACCUGUACCCGUGGCAUACACCCUUAUGGGCGGUACGCUCCUUGGUUAUAUAUGCUAUGAUCUGACACAUUACUACCUUCACCAUGGCAGUCCAGGACCAGGUACCUACUUUCAAGAACUGAAAACAUACCACGUCAGACAUCACUAUGAGAUCCAAGACAAAGGAUUUGGGAUUUCCAGCAAGCUUUGGGACAUCGCGUUUGGUACCUUAAUACCCAGCAUCAAGACAAACUGAUGACCUGAUCUGACCUGUAAUCAAUGUCAACUGACCUUCUCACCAUUUUACAAUGAUUUCAUGAGUACAUUUUGCACACAUUAUUUGUUUCUUCUUUCAAGUUUGUGUGAAGAAGGAAGUUUCUCAAACAAUCUGUUUGUGCAAUUCGGGAUAAGUGAGAACGGACAUGAAGUCAUGAAAGGUAAAACAAAACUUACUCGAGAUUGAAGUUAUAGUUCUAAUCGUAUCCACAAAGUUCUUUUGUUUAAAGGCAGUGGACACUAUUGGUAAUUACUCUAAAUAAUUAUUAUCAUAAAACCUCACUUGGUACCGA